CCGGCUUCGACCAGCUGCACCUCCACCGCCGACCACCAGUCCGGCCGAUCGAGCGACACCGUAGGCGGCGACGAUCCGGCGCGCCUGAGGGACAGCGGGGUGUCGUGGAAGCGAGUGGUGCAACAGCGGGCGCAGACCGAGCGCAACUGGGAGGAGGGCACCUACAGAGUGGUUCACGAAUUCUCGGCGACGGCGCCGCUGUCGGACAUGGCGAUGAACAGGUGCCGCCCGUCGCGGGCUCGUGUGAUGGUGGCCUUCUCCACGUACAGCAACAAGGCGCUGCUGUAUGAUUUGAACUCUGGUGAAAAGCUGCAAGAAGUGGGACUAGACGAUACUGGGCCUAUGGGGUUGACCUUCAUGGACGACAGCACCCUGAUAACAUGCGGCCACCGAGAUGGCGGCUUGCAGCUGUGGGACGUAGAAAUGGGGAAGUGUAUUCAAAGCUGCGAAGAGGCCGACGCCAACGGCGUGGCACCAUUCGAAGGCACCGAGUGCGGCAACACAGAUCUGUCGCACCUGUUUGUUUCGCUGACCGCCAAGAAAGUGGAGGUGUACGACACGCGAUCGUUGUCUCGGGUGAUGUCCCUCCGCGGCCACCGCCAACUGCUGGUCUGCGCGGCUGCCCGGUCAUCCAAGGGCGGACGAAUCGCCAGCGGGGACAUGGAUGGUACCGUCAUGUACUGGGAUCUCCGG